AUGGCGAAGCGCUUGAUUCCGACUCUCAGCCGUAUCUUGGUGGAGAAGAUUCUUCCACCGUCGAAAACCGUCUCCGGGAUUCUCCUUCCGGAGAAAUCUUCUAUGUUAAACUCUGGGAGAGUGAUUGCAGUUGGUCCUGGUGCGAGGGACAGAGCCGGAAAUCUGAUUCCGGUUUCGGUUAAGGAAGGAGACAAUGUCCUUUUGCCUGAAUUUGGCGGUACUCAAGUUAAGCUUGGAGAGAAAGAGUUCCUUUUGUACAGGGAUGAAGAUAUCAUGGCUACUCUUCAUGAUUGA